AUGGAUGUCGUGACACUGUCCCUAAUCCUCAUCUUCCUCCUCGUCAUCCGCAAGCUCACCAGGAGCUACUACACCGCCUCACCACCAUCGCCCACGCCCGCCAAGUCGACGGCGGCGGCGGCACUGCGGCUGCCACCGGGGCCAUGGCAACUGCCGCUCAUCGGCAGCCUGCACCACCUCCUGCUGUCGCGCUUCAGCGACCUGCCGCACCAGGCGCUGCGCGAGAUGUCCGGCACCUACGGCCCGCUCAUGCUGCUCCGCUUCGGCUCCGUGCCCACGCUGGUGGCGUCCUCCGCCGAGGCCGCCAGGGAGGUGAUGCGGACCCACGACGUGGCCUUCUGCAGCCGGUACCUGAGCGCCACCCUGGACGUCAUCAGCUGCGGCGGCAGGGACAUCCUCUUCUCCCCCUACAACGACCGCUGGCGCGACCUCCGCAAGGUGUGCAUGCUGGAGCUCUUCAACCCGCGCCGCGUGCUCUCGUUCCGGACCGUCCGGGAGGAGGAGGUGGCGCGCCUCCUUCGCUCCAUCUCGGACCAGUGUAGUGGCCAUCAUACCGGCGGCGGCGGCGGCGGCGGCGGCGGCGUCAACCUCAGCGACGGCAUCUGCCGCAUGGUGAACGACGUCGUCGUGCGGACCGCCAUCGGCGACCGGUGCAAGCACCGUGACGAGUUCCUGCACGAGCUCGACGAGGCCGUGCGGCUCACCGGCGGAUUCAGCCUGGCUGACCUGUACCCGUCGUCGCGGCUCGUGCGCCGGUUCAGCGUUGCCGCCCGAGACAUGGGAAGGUGCCAGAAGAACGUGUACCGCAUCAUCGAGAGCAUCAUCCAUGAGCGCAAGGUGGCCGCCACGCGUGUGCCGGCAGAGCGAGACGACGACGGCGACCUCCUCGGCGUCCUCCUCAGGCUGCAGAGGGAAGGUGGCCUGCAGUUCCCUCUCACCAACGAGAUAGUCAGCACCGUCAUUUUCGAUAUUUUUGCUGCCGGGAGUGAGACGUCAUCAACAGUGCUAGCGUGGGCCAUGUCAGAGCUUGUGAAGAACCCACGGGUGCUGCACAAGGCGCAAUCAGAGGUGAGGGAGACGUUCAAGGGACAGGAGAAGUUAACCGAAGAUGACAUGUCCAGGUUAAGCUACCUGCACCUGGUGAUCAAGGAGGCGUUACGGCUGCACGCGCCGGUGCCAUUCCUGCUGCCCCGGCAGUGCCGAGAGGCGUGCCAGGUCAUGGGCUACGACGUGCCGAAGGGCACCAAGGUGUUCGUGAACGUCUGGGCGAUCGCGAGGGACGACAAGUUUUGGGGCGACGGCGAGGUGUUCAGGCCAGAAAGAUUUGAAAGUAGCAGUGUCGAUUUCAGGGGUAAUGACUUCGAGUUCACCCCGUUCGGGGCCGGCAGGAGGAUCUGCCCUGGCAUCACACACGGGCUGGCCAACAUGGAGCUCGUGCUCGCUAGCCUUCUCUAUCACUUCGACUGGGAGCAGCCCGGUGGCGCCGGCUCUGGAGACCUUGACAUGACAGAGGCCUUUGGUAUAACGUUGAGAAGGAAGUCCAAGCUCAUGCUCAAGGCCAUACCUCGUGUUAAUUAG